AUGCAGUUCAGCAAGAAUGCUGUACCCAAGGAAUUAUUAUCAGAGACAAAAUAUUCUGAUGAUAUGGAGACAUUGGAGAAAGGUGUAAAAGAUGUGGAAGCUCCAGGUGCUAGUAGUGUUGUGGAUAUUGAGGAAGAUGAAGAUACAGAAGUUGAUAAUGAAGAGCCUGCAGUUAUUCCCCUCCAAGCUCUUGUUGUUUUAGACCUCAUUGACAUUGGGAAGAAUGCUGCCAGCCAAGGGUUCACCAAAGCAUGUGCUAUCUUCAACUUGCACAUCAUACCAGCCUUCUCAGAACAUGUCUCUGCGUGCUUGACCGCAGAUGUAAUUGCAAAAUGUAUCCCUAUGGACAACAGUGCUAAGGGCAGUAGCUCUGACAAUGUGGGCGAUGAGGAGAGAAGCAGCACAGAGGAGGAUAAGGAUGAACCCACUAUUGAUAGCGCCAUGGUGGGUGAUGACAUUGAGAAAGAGGGCAGCAGCAACAAUGAAGAAGGUGGCAAUGAAAACAGUGUUGACAAUAACAAAGAAGAAGAAGAAGGUGAGCUUGUCACCAGUGUCUACAUCCAUGUUGCUGGGUUGGUGCAGUUACAAUACUCUCUACACAGCUGCUGCAACUGCUGCAAUACCAAGUCAUACUCCUGGGCAAUACUUGGGGUGCCUAAUACUGCUCAGAUGCAUCAAGGGCAGUUGUUUAUGGAGGUGCUCCUACAAAGCUCACUCCAUACUGCCUAUACAUUCAUCCCUGCCAAGUCUGCUAAUAUGGCUCAGCACCCUGCUGCCAUCAACUUUUAUUCUAGGCAGGCAGCUGAUAACAAUGCUCCCAGUGCAUUCUUUAUCCCGCUUCUAUCACCUACACCCCUGUCUGCUUCAAGUCCCACACCUGCAAAAAGUCCAGUCCCACGCAAAAAUGCUGAGGCCAACAUGCCGGCGCCUGAGCUGUCCAGCGAGAAAAUGCGACCAAAAAACUGUUCCCUCUCAGCAUGCCCAGAGGGACAAUGUGAUUGGCCAAGGACCCGCGGAUAUGGAGAAACCUACCACAAAGAAGGGGAAGAAGAAUGUGUGUCCAACAGCCAAUGA